CCCAUACCCGCACAACAAAAAAAAACAUACAGUGCCAGACCUUGCCCGGUCAAGUGCCUGUUUAAUUGAUUCAUUUUCGUUGUGUACUUUUCUCCCAAACUUACCCUCGCGUUCCACCUUAAUCGAAAGUGAGGCUUCCAGUUAUUUGCAUUUACCUUAUCCAUUGCCAGCAGAUUCGGAUGAACUAAUCUAUGGUAGUUUAAUUGGGUCAGUACACUGAGACAUGAGCGUGUAAAUAGGGCCCAGGAAGGGAGAUUGCUCCUAAAGGCACCCAGCUCAUUGGAACUUGUAGUGCAAGCUAUUGCACACUGUUACAAUGAAGGUAGCAGUAGAAGGUUGCUGCCAUGGUGAACUGGACAAAAUCUAUGAGAGUAUUCAGUUUUUGGAGAAAAAGGACAAUGUUAAGGUGGACCUCUUGAUAUGCUGUGGAGAUUUUCAAGCAGUCAGGAAUGAAGCUGACAUGAUUUGCAUGGCUGUACCCGUUAAAUACAGACAAAUGCAAACUUUCUACAAAUACUACUCUGGAGAAAAGAAAGCCCCUAUUCUCACAAUCUUCAUAGGAGGCAAUCAUGAGGCCUCUAAUUACUUACAGGAGUUGCCUUAUGGAGGAUGGGUGGCACCAAACAUUUACUACCUAGGGUAUGCUGGCGUGGUAAAUUAUCGUGGCAUACGCAUCGGAGGGCUCUCUGGUAUUUUUAAGCCACAUGACUACAAAAAAGGCCAUUUUGAAUAUCCACCAUAUAAUCAGCAGACAAUGCGGAGUGCAUAUCACGUCAGAAAUAUUGAAGUGUUCAAGUUGAAGCAGUUAAAACAACACAUGGACAUCUUCCUGUCACAUGAUUGGCCACAAGGUAUCUAUCACUAUGGUAACAAAAAACAACUGCUUAAGAAAAAAGCUUUCCUCCGCUCAGAAGUUGAAUCUAAUACCUUGGGCAGUCCUGCAGCCACAGAGCUUCUGCAGCACCUCAAACCUUCUUAUUGGUUUGCAGCACAUCUACAUGUGAAGUUUGCAGCUUUAAUGCAGCAUCCGAAAUGUGAUGGUGAGCAGCUACCUAAAGCAACAAAAUUUUUAGCUCUGGAUAAAUGUCUCCCUCACAGAGAUUUUCUGCAGAUUGUUGAAAUAGAACAUGACCCAAAUGCUUCUGAACAUUUAGAGUAUGACUCCGAAUGGCUGGCCAUUCUAAAAGCAACAAAUGAUUUAAUUAAUGUUACACCUAAAUCAUGGAACAUGCCAGAAAAUAACAGUCUCUAUGCAAAGUGGGACUAUAGUGUGUCUGAAGAUGACAUUAAAGAGCUAUUGGAAGAGCAAGCUAAUAACCUCCAGAUCCCCUGUAACUUUAGCCAGGUAGCACCUGUCUAUGACCCAGCACAUCCACAGAAAUCUAGAGAACCUGUCCAUGUGAUUAAUCCACAGACAACUGAGUUCUGUGCCACCUUUGGCCUCACAGAUCUGAAUGCCAAGGUGAAACAGAUGGAAAGUGAGGGUCUAAUGGAGGAAGAGGAUGAAAUGGAUGGCGCAGAUAACCCAGAGGAGCCCAGUUUUUAUACUACAGACACUUCUGGACUUUCCUCCUCUAUAAAUCCAGAUGAAAUCACACUUGAUGAUGAUGACGACGAUGAUGAUAAUGGGGAGCUGAGUGCACAUAGCAUAGAACCACUGCCAGACAAUCCAUUUACAGACUCGUCAGCGAAUUUCUCUGAUGUGAGAGAUCUCCCUGAUUCUAUGGUUGUAUCAUCUGAUGAGACACAAGACUCUGCAAAUGAGGAAUUGGACAAGUCUGGAGACAGCAGCAUGACUGAGGGAGAAGGAAAGACCACACGCACAAAGGCUGUGAAACGAAUUAGCAACGAGCAUGAGAAUGGAAGCAGUGGAAUAAAAUUAAUUAAGAGGCGCAACCAGAGCAUCUAUCAUACACAGGGUAAUGAGAAUGAAGAUAUCGAAUGAUAAUAAAUAUUAACGGGAUAAUGAACUUCAGGAGAAGCUGUAGCUUCUGUGCACAAUUGAGUUUUUAAGAUUUUAUUUCAAGUCAUUGCUAGCAAUCAACAUUAGUUUUCUGUUUUAAAAGCUGGACUUAACUCAGCAAACUUUAUAUCCUGAAUGGAUAUGUUAUAAAGUGUUGAAACACACUAAAUAAAUGUAUUUUUACAUCAUGAAUAAAUUUUCUGCAUAUAUUAGUUCCCAAGAGUUGAUCCAGGUAAUGAAUAGUGAAAUAGCUAAAUCAAUUGUGUUUGUGUGACACAUGAUACCCUUUAAAAAUGCUGAGUUGAUGAUCCAUGUCACCCUCAUUUCUGAGGUUCUCACCAUCAUACAUUCUAGCCUUUAGUCAAUUUGGUUCACUCCCUGUGAGAUCAAGAAACAGCUAGAGGUCUAUGGGCCCUGACGACAUUCCAGCAAUAGUACAGAAGACUUGUGCUUUUACUCACCACACCCUCUAGCCAGGCUAUUCCAGUAUAGCAACUACACUGGAACUUAGCUGGAAAAUCGUCCACAAAAGACUGGCCAAUCAAACUGAUGAACGUUGUCAUUGGCAGUGCUAUCAACAAUAAGCUGUUCAUUGACACCCAGUUUGGGUUCUGUCAACCUCUGACUUCGUUAGUGUGUGAUGGUACUUUCCAUUUACAUGGAUGAGUGCAGCUUCAAGAUUGCUCAAGCUCAACAUCAUCCAGCACAAAAGUGAUUUUCCACCAUCUCUUUCCUCCCACCCCCACCUCCACCUCCAUUGACAGUCAGUUUUGCUAUUUUUAAGUUCACUUCUGAUUUCUUAGUUUUGUUCAUUAUUAUGGACACUAAAUUACAGCAUUCUCAAAAAGAUUCCCCUUUAUUCCAGAGUGGUGCAUGUAUUUAUCUUUAGUUACUCUCCACUCUUCACAAGCUGUGAUUAGGAGUAGAUAGUUCAGCUGAUUGGAAAUUGAGAGGCACUCCUGAACUAAGAUGCGAUGAUCCAACUUCGAAAAGACCAGAGACUAAAUCCAGCACUGGACAGCAGUACACAACUCCGUGUCAUGUCAUAAUUGAAUCUGAUCAUAGUAACUGUCUUGUAAUGAGGCCUUGCUACAAAGUAUUCGUGAUGCAUUUUUUUAAAAAUAAAGUUAUAGUUUACUAUUG